AUGCAUUCUGGGACUGCCUGCAAAAUGGAAGCGCCCUUUAGCUCUACGUGAUUUAAGUGGAGGCAUGCUAAAGUUUAACAUGAGAAGCAUAUGUUUUAUAUGAACAGUUACAAUACUAUUAGCCAUAUGUAUGUCUGACUUCAUAAUUCUGUCAACAAACCGACACUGCGAAUACAGCGUUUUAUAACGUCCAACACUGCAGAUCCUAGCUCAAUCAUGUCUUUAUUUGGAGGAUUUUUUAGAGCUGGAUUGUCGAUAUGCUAUUCCACCCUCCAGACAACCAGGCAUAUAUCUACAGGGGUGUGUCGUCCAAUUCGUAUGCAUGCCAUUCCUGAACUGAAAAAGGUGGACAGAUGGACGGAGAAGAGGAGUAUGUUUGGGGUUUAUGACAACAUUGGAAUUCUAGGUGACUUCAAAGCCCAUCCCAAGGACCUGAUUGUGGCCCCUGUGUGGCUGAAGGGCUUUCGAGGCCAUGAGCUCCAACGCCUCACAAGAAAGAAGAAGAUGGUGGGAGACCGGAUGUUGACACUCGACAAACACAACAUGGAGAAGAGAAUCCGCUACCUAUACAAACACUUCAACCGUUUCGGCAAACACCGCUAGUCUGAAACACAUCAUGCAGACUUGGUCGACCAGAAAAUGGGAUUUCUGUCCAGAUGAGUCAUCAGACUGAUUAUGGUGGAAAUCCACAUUGUUGUUUUUUGUUAUUUAUGUCAUAAUGUGAUUGAUUUGUAAACAAAUGGACUCACAGAAAGACAGAUUGAUAUUGUAUUGUCAAUAAAUUCUGUUCAAUUAUUAAAAGUG